GGAGCUUCAUUAGAUGAUAACAAUAUUAAACGGCCAACAACUGAGAAAUAUUUAACAGCACCAUUAAUUUCUAGAAGGUUACGCAACAUUCCUAUCGAUAAAAUAACUAAAACAAAUCAGGAGAAAAGAAAUAUUACAAAAAAGCAAAUAUCUAACACAGGAGAGCAAUCUGAAGCUAUCGAUAUAUCAUCCAAAAUAAAAAACCGUCGUAUAUAUUGUCCAUCUAAAAACUACUCAAGUAUGAAUGAUGUUGUUUAUGCAGACCCUAAAGAUUUGGUGAGCCGAUGUGAAAGAUGCGAUUAUUGUGCAUUCGUCGACAAAGUACAGUGUGUAUCAAAUAUGUUUAAAAUACAAUACUGUCGAAAGAUUAUACAAUCAAAAAUAUACGGAUUUGAUGCUGAAGAUGAGGAAACAGUGAAAAAUGAUUCCAAUACACCAAGAACAAAGACCCGUCAUGGGAACGAGACAAGUACUGAAUGUGAUACACAAACAUGUUAUUUAAUUUAUGAUAAAGAUUCUGAUCAUGUUGUAGAAGUAAAAAGAACUCGGUAUCCUAAUCAGGUGACACGAAUUGAAAGUGCUAAUAUUAUCCCCAAGACUUUGAAUACUAAGAUCAUUACGGUUACUGCAUUUGAUAGUGAUCAACUUUUAGAUGAUAUCAUAAAUUUUGUUAUAUCAAAGAAGUCUAACACAACAGUGGAAACUCCCUCUGAUUCCGUUAAUGGAUCUAAACAUGGAUCAGUCCAAAAGAACUCAAGUGCUUUUACCAUAAACGGAGAUAAUAAUGGUACGGAGGAAAAGAAUUCAGCAGUACUUAAGCCGAUGCUCAAAGCGAGUCAAACAGAUGCACCGAUCUUCCAUCCUACAGAACAAGAAUUCAUGGACCCCAUUGCUUACUUCAAUAAAAUUAUGCCAAUCGCUGCGAAAUUCGGUUUAUGUAAAGUUGUCGCUCCGAAUACUUUUAAACCAAAAUGUAUGUUAGAUGAUGAAGUUCGCUUUGAAGUGACGAACCAAUACAUAUCUCGCCUGUACAAGCGAUGGGGACCGGCCUCGAGAGAACUGUGUGCCAUUAAAGCUUAUUUAGCUUCCCAAAGUGUGAUCUUCAGUCGGCCUCCUUUGCUCGAAGGGGUCGAGGUCAAUUUACCGAAGUUAUAUUAUUUGGUACAAACUCUGGGCGGCCUAAAAGAAGUAAUCGAAAAGAAGCGCUGGACUAAAGUAGCUGAAGAAAUGAAUCUUUCCAAAACGCCAAAAAUCGAAGUGAAAUUGGAUCAAAUAUAUGUUAAAUAUAUAUUGCCUUACGACACAAUGACAGAUGACGAGCGGAAAGAUCUAAUGAAAGCAGUUGAUAAACACUGGAGUAAGAAACACCGCAAAAUGCUACAACGUGCUAUGAAGCCAUUACAUAGACAGAAACGUCUUCUAGAUGAAUCUGAAUCAUCUGAAGAAGAUAUCGAUGAAGAUAUUUAUGUGUCCGGAGCAUUGGCCGAAGCGGAGGACUGUAUCAGCAAUGGCAGGCAAAUGAAUCUGCUUACUUUUAAAAAGGUGGCAAGUAAAUGUAAGGAAAUGUACAUUCCAAAUAGUAAUCAGAAUACUCAGACUGAUAUAGAACAAAUAUAUUGGAAAAUGGUUCUUCUUGCGCAAGAUCACAUUUGUGUGAAUAACGCAUCAAUCGACACCGGCGAGGAGGGAUAUGGUUUCACUAAAGACCAACGAGACACUUAUGGGAAACAUCCAUGGAAUUUAAAGGUCCUUAGUCAGAAUAGUGGGAAUGUCCUUAGAUUCUUAGGACCAGUACUGGGUGUGACAGUUCCCACUUUGCAUCUUGGGAUGGUCUUCUCAACCAGCUGUUGGCACAGAGAUCCCCACGGUCUACCCUGGAUUGAAUACAUGCACACCGGACCCGGAAAAAUUUGGUAUGGCAUUCCGGAUGAACAAAGUGACAAUUUCCGGAGAGCAGUAGAACUGCUGUGCCCGACAUCAUGUCAAAACAAAUCGAUUUGGCUUCCGUCCGAUAUCACAAUGAUCCCACCGGACCUGCUCUUGCAGAAUAAUGUAUCUAUGUCUAGAGUAGUUCAAGAGCCGGGUCAGUUUAUUGUGGUUUUUCCAAAGGCAUAUUCAUGUUCUAUUGCAACUGGAUACACUGAAUCUGAGAGUGUAUAUUUUGCAACAAAUUCAUGGUUGGAAACAAUAGAUCAAGUGUUUCAAGAAGUACGCGAAAGCUGCGAACCUACAAUGUUCUCGCUGGAACAUUUGCUGGUGUCUGCUGCGCGAGACUCGCGUGCGUCCACUGAGGUCCUCAAACUGGUCAAUGUUCUCCUCGGGAAGAUCAUAAGGGAAGAGCUGAGUAACCGCACCGCCCUCGCCGCAUACAAAAUUCAGAACCAAAACCCACAACAAAAUAAGCAUUCUCGCAAGCGGCCCGCAGGCGCGUGGAAUGUUCGAGAUCAAGACGAGUGUGAGAUCUGUCAAGCAACCUUGUACCUCUCCAAAGUGAGAGGAUUGACUGACAAGAAGCGGUCGGUGUGCCUCCAGCACGCUCUGCAGUUACUCGCUGUAAAGAACAGGGAAUGUGACUUGACCAGCGUUGAGCUUGAAUUAUUCUUUUCUGAUGCAGAAUUAGAAAAAAUUAUGACAAAAAUCAAAACUCGUAUUUAAACUUUAAGUGUUACCGACUCGCCCCGCGAGUUCAUUAUGUGAAAUAAGUAUCUAAUACCUAGAUUUACUCUGAAACAUGAGGUUCUAAUAUAAUACUCGACUAUCUUCGUCCUUAUUUACUUUAGCUAUAAUUGUUAAAAAUAACGCUGUAUGACUAAUGUCAACUGGAAAAUCAUAAUCUCUGCUUACUGUGUAUUGUUUGG